GUACAUAUUUAACUGACAUGCAAUGAUGUGUUUUCAUAAUUUCACAGUUAUGGUUCCCCUUGUUUUGAUUAUAUGAGAUGUUAUAGCGGUCACAGGACGCCACGCUAGUUGUUAGCUAGCAUUUGUUAGCCGAAGCUCGCUUUGUGCUUAACUAAGCUGUCAAACUUCCAAGUCAUGAGUCAUGAACAAAGACUGAGGAGUCUGCAGGCGUGCCUGCCGCGGUGACAAUAUCAAGCUAAACAACAAGAAACCUUCAGGACCUCUUCUCAGUGGCAAAUCAUUGCUAUCAGUGACGCAAGUUUAUUCUUCAGCCUCCAUGAACAACUUGAAUGACCCCCCUAGAUGGAACAUCCAACCAAACCCUAGAGGGAGGGGGGCGGCGGCUGGUGAUGGCAACCAAUGGAACUAUGCCCUGCUGGUCCCCAUGCUUGGACUGGCUGCUUUUCGUUGGAUCUGGACACGGGAAUCUCAAAAGGAGAUCCACAGGGUUACAUCCCAGUAUGAGAAUGACAUUUCUACAAUCAAAGGGGAGAUGGAGGCCCGUUAUAGGGAUACUCUGACAGAGAGAAGCCGGGCGGCUGCAACCCUGGAGCUGGAGCUGGAGAAGGAGAAACAAAGGGUUAAAGGCUACAAACAGGCACUCAUAUCUCAGACACAGCAGCUUAUGGAGGAACGAAAACACCUGCAGCAGGAGCGAGAGGCACUGAAUGAAGAGAAGCAAAGGUUGAUGAAAUCUGGCGCCGCGGGCGCCGUGCUGCGGGAGGCGCUUGAAAGAGAGAGCGACUGGUACCACCGCGCCACAGCCACUCUGAGGGAGCUGGAGGGUCAGCUUGUGGAGCGGCAGAACGCUUACUGCUCCCUGAUCCAACCUCGAGAUCAGCGGCUGGAGAUGGAGAAAAACAUGCUGCUUAAAGUUGUCAAGGAUCCGGCCGUGGCGGACCUGGACCUAGAGUCCGACCUGAGGGACAUUUUUAAGAGAGACAAGCACUGCGCGGACCUCCUAAACAUGGACAGGAGGAAGAACGGAAGCCUCAUGUGGGUGUACCUCAAGUACUGGCAGCUGCAAGUCACCGUGCAGAAACACAAAAGAGCUGAGGAAGCCAUCUUUGCAGGGAAAAAUCGGCCUUACAUGAAGUGAAAAAAGUUCAAAUUAGCUGGUGUUUGCACUUGAUUUUGAGUUUAUGUGAGUCAGGAGUGGAAAAUGUCUGUUUGUUGUCUUUUUUUUAUCAUUACCUUUGCUUGAUAAAGUUGUUAUGCAAACACCUUAGAGGUAAGCUCAACAAUCCUCCACUCAGAACUAAAGGAACAUUCAGUAUUUAACCCAACAUCAGACGCAAAAAGUUGGAGUUUGCAGCUGGAAAUAAACUGCACCAUAACUUCAGAUCCACUAAAAUUCACCAAUCUCUGUCUGUACAAAGUUCAUAACCAACGCUUGGAAAGUGUUUAAAACAUAAAGACUCAACUUUCAGAAAUAGUCCUGCUGUCACUGUCCACCACGUCUCUGUUGGGAAACUGCUAAGAAAUGGAAAAGACCUGGAAAAGAGGUUAAAAAAAACACCCUCCAGAUCAGUCUUUUGACGCUAUUGCAACAUCUGUUAUGGGAAAAAAGAAGGUUUUUAAUUACUUUUCAUAUUUUCCUUCAUCUCUGACUUGUUCAGUUAUUAUGAACGAAAGCCAAAAGGAUCAUCUGAAUGUUUUUCUUCUCUUCAGUGAUUUUUUUUCUUUUCAUUUUUUAAUUGCAGGAUUUUGGGAGUCAGGACUGCAUUGAUGGUGCAUGUGUAAAAAUGAUUAACGCAACAGAAACACUAUUUAGAAAAACAAAAAGCACUUAGAGACUUUCAAACUGCUGCACUGGUGGUGAAAUGGGAUCUGUAUGAAUUUUCUUUUUAUUGUUUUGUGCUGUUUUUCUUUUUUAUUAUUUUUUGUUUGGACCUUGUGGGAAAAGGUGACGGAUGUAUGAUUUGCAAUCCCUUGAAUACAUUCUUAUUUUUCAGCUGAAAAACCCAUUCUCCAGGUUGUCUUGUUUUCUCCUGCGACUCCCUCGCACUACCCGUGUCUGACCACAAGGGGAGCUGCGAGAGCCCGGGGAAGUGAUCAUGUAACACCAACAGCUCACAGUGGGCAAGGUUAAAAAAAAGAAGAAGAAAAA